AUGUUAAUGCCAUCGAUAACAUCGCGUGAUUAUCUGCCGAGUUUAAAUCCAAUAUUUGCUGGUAAUCCAUUUUCGUAUAGAAUGCAUAAUCCAUUCACCGGUAUUUGUCAGCCGUAUGAAAAUCAACAACAAUCAUUACAAAAUUCAAGAAACUCUAUUAAAAAAUCUUACAUCGAGCCCGUUGAUGAAACUAUUGGUAGUAAUAGUCUUGGUACGAAUGAUGAUGAUGAUGAUCCAAAGGUGGAAUUAGAUAAUAAACAAUUAUGGCAUGAAUUUCAUAAUCAUGGAACAGAAAUGGUCAUUACAAAAUCGGGAAGACGAAUGUUUCCAGCAUUUAAAGUAAAAGUAACUGGUCUUUCUGAACAAGUCAAAUAUGUAUUUUUAAUGGAUAUUCAAGCAGCCGAUAAUCAUCGAUAUAAAUUUCACAAUUCUAAAUGGAUGAUAGCUGGAAAUGCUGAUCCAGAAAUGCCAAAACGUCUUUAUGUUCAUCCUGACUCACCAGCCACCGGUAUUUAUCUAUUUUCAAAUAUUGUAUAUAUUUUACUACUGUCAAAUUUUCUAUUAUAG